AUAGCUCCCUGAUUAAUGUUCAGACGAUUGCUGACUUUUUCCAGGCUUCAAACUGAGUUACCGGCUUCUGUGUGAGACACAAAAUGUCCUUACAGUCUGUCGGGAGACAGCAGGAUGGAUUUAUAUCUUGUUUACUUUAGUAGACAUACACCAUUUCUCAGGUUUCUGGGAUUUUUUGACCAAAAGCGACCGAAACUUCGGUGCUUGUUCAACUUCUGGGAGCUAAGCAGCUAUUUGGCUUGACCAGUUAACUUGUCAUAAUACUAGUAAUAAUAAUAAUAAUGGAUAAUAGCGGCGAAGUCUCCAACGACAUUCGGACUGUUUACGCUGCUGUUUCCAGAGAACCAAACUCUGACCUGAAGAAUGGACAGCUUUUCAAACUUUACAAGAGGAGGUGGUUUGUGCUGCUGGUGUUGUGUCUCCUAAACUGCUCCAACGCAACGAUAUGGCUUACCUUUGCACCAGUGGCGAACCAGUCUGCCCAGUACCUGAAAGUUACUCUGGACGAGAUCAACUGGCUAUCACUGGUCUACAUGGUGGUGGCCAUACCACUCAGCUUUGCAACCACUUGGAUGCUGGAUACUCUUGGACUGAGGAUAACGCUGAUCCUGGGUGCCUGGCUGAACAUGCUCGGAGCCGUGCUGCGGUUCCUCGGCACGCUUCCGGGUGAGAGUUUUAAAAUCCAGUACCCGAUAGUGAUGUUGGGACAGACCCUCGGCGCCUUGGCUCAGCCCCUCAUUGUUUUCGCUCCCACCAAGCUGGCAGCCCUGUGGUUCCCCGACCAUCAGCGGGCCACAGCUAACAUGAUCGCCUCGAUGGCUAAUCCCCUGGGAAUCCUCCUCGCUAACAUCAUCUCUCCUGUGAUGGCUGAAACAUCUGCACAGAUCCCAAAGCUGCUUCUAGCCUAUGCAAUACCGACAUGCAUCAUCUGUGUCCUAGCGACAGUGGGGAUACGCAGCAGUGCCCCCCCGACGCCGCCCUCAGCCAGCGCAGAGACCUCCAACUCUGAGCCGUUUGUACAAGGGAUCAAGCUGUUACUGACGAACAGAGCCUACCUCGUCCUGCUGCUUUGCUUCGGCUCAGGGAUCGCCGUUUUCACCUGCUUCUCCACGCUGCUGGAUCAGAUCCUGUGUGUAAAAGGAUACACCAACGACUUUGCUGGGUUGUGCGGCGCCCUCUUCAUUGUGUUUGGCAUCAUCGGCGCCGGUAUUCUGGGUCUCUAUGUCGACAAAACCAAGAAGUUCAUGGAAGCCACAAAGAUCAACAUGAGCUUCUGUGCUGUGGCGUGCAUCGCCUUCUCAGUGGUGUCUCUGAUGCCGCAGCAGAAAGUCGCCGUGGCCGCCGUCUGCUCUUUCUUCGGCUUUUUCGGUUUUUCCAUCUACCCGGUUGCCAUGGAGCUGUCGGUGGAGUGUUCGUAUCCCGUUGGAGAGGCCACGUCAGCUGGACUCGUCUUUGUAUCGGGACAGGUUCAGUCGGUUGUCUACAUCGUCCUCCUUCAAGCUCUGACCACACGGCUCGCAGACUCUCCCCUGUCCACCUGCGGGGAAGCAGCCUUGAGCUGGAAGGUGCCCAUGAUGGUGAUGGCAGGGCUGUGCACUCUGUUCACCUGCUGCUUCCUCGUCUUCUUCAACACCCGCUACAGGCGACUGGAGGCCGAAGAACAAGCGACUUACGGGACCAGAGAGAGCCAGCAUCUAUACAGGAAUGAGCACCCUCCGUGGAGGCAUAAAGCUGCUGACAAUACAGAGGAAACAUGCCACUAUGAGUGAGAGCAGAAAGGUACUCGAACAGAUGAUCUUUUUUUGUUUUGUUUUUGUUUUUUAAAUAAAGAUGUUUGUGUGUAGUUUGAUUAAGUCACAAACUUUUGGUACAUUGUUGGAUGUAACAAGUAAAUAAUCCAAAUUUCCAAUCCUCAAAAAAAAGUUUAAAUUAUUAUUUUCCAGCCACUUUGGCAUGUAAAUAAUCUGUGUGAAUACAUUAAAAUAAUUUCCAUCUUCUUUUUCUUCUCAUCGUAAUAGUAAU